AUGGCCAAGCUGAACGCCUCGCUGGCUACGAUUAAGCACGGUCGCAUCGGCGUAUCCCCUAACCCAUACACAUCUCCAUCCCCCAGUGGUGUCUCAACGCCCGUGCCCUUCAUUGAUCUCUCUACACUGCAAACCGAAGGGCGGAACUUCAAGACACACAACAUCGACGUUGCUAGCACGGAGGAGAUGUGUGAGAUGAUCAACGAGCAGGACCAGACUGUCGCGUUUCAAGUGCAGCGCUGCAUCCCCACCAUCGCGCGGGUGAUUGACGCGCUCGCGCCUAAAGUCCGCGCCGGAGGUCGCGUCGUCUACGUCGGCGCAGGAACGAGUGGGCGUCUGGGGAUCCUGGAUGCGAGCGAGAUUCCACCCACGUUUUCAUCUCCCUACGGACAGUGGAUUGGGCUGAUUGCUGGCGGCAACCGCGCGAUCCAAAAGGCGGUCGAGGGGGCUGAGGACAGCCCCGAGCUAGGGGAAUUAGACCUCCGGACCAUUUCCCCGCCGCUGUGCCCAGAGCUCGACUCGGUCAUUGGCCUCGCUGCCUCGGGCCGCACUCCCUAUGUGCUCGGCGCUCUCGAGUGGGCACGCAGACACGCCAUCUACACUGCUGGAAUAUGCUGCGUUGCGCCAUCCACCAUGGCGGCGCAGUGCGUCGACAUCGUCGAGUGUCCUGUUGGCCCUGAGGUCGUGACGGGAAGUACGCGCAUGAAGAGCGGGACGGCACAGAAAAUGAUCCUCAACAUGAUCAGCACUGGCGUGCAGCUCCGCAUCGGCAAGACGUACGGCAACCUCAUGGUCGACGUCAAGCGCUCCAAUGCCAAGCUCAUCAACCGCGCGAGGGGUAUCUUCAGGGCUGUGCUCGAGCCCUAUGCCGCGAAAGUCGAGCUUGCUGUGUCGCUGGAGGACGGCGAGGGCAUCGACCACCUGAUUGACGCCUGCGAUGGGAGCGUGAAAAAGGCUAUGGUGGCGGCGCGGUGGCGCUGCUCUCCAGAGGAAGCUACAGAGCGGCUAGAUGCCGCUGAAGACAUACUCAAGAAGGCGCUCGAGGCAGAGGUCCACACCACAUAA